GAUAAGAUAUUAUAAGAUAAUGCCGAGUUCAAACCUCCAAAAUGCCUGUGGUUCUAUUUCGCUGUCACUUUUUAUGACAGUGUCAACUUCCUAGAUAAGAUUAUUAUCAACUUCGUCAACCAGGGUUUAAAUGACCGCCAUGAUGGCAGCCAUCGUUGUGAAUUUCCUUCUGAUCAUAUGUGUGUGCAAUUGCUUUGGUUUUCUAGAAGGGACACAGAUUGAUCCCAGGUACCCGCCGCAACCACGACAGGACCUUGACCCAGGAAACGAACCAAAACAUUGGCAGGACCUUGUGAGUUUCGUUAAUCAGAAGAUUGAAGGUAUGGAACGUCUGCAGGCUGAAAAGGACAAACGCGUUGACAAACUUGAAUCGAAAGUCGCGUCCCAGGAAAGGUCAAUAUUACAGAAGGACGUUAUUAUAGACAGUUUAGUUAGACGGGUAUCGGACCUAGAGAUGAGUGUGGGGUUGAAACCUGACACAGGAAAUCAGAAAACCCGACAAAAUGAAAAAUCAGACACGGACUUCUCUACAGCAAAUGUUGAUAAUUCGGACCAAAAUCGGUCAGUCUUUAAUGACACUGCCAACGUUCACAAAACUGUUGAACUGUUUACUUCCGGGAAUAAACCACAAACAGCACCUCGUUCUAUACCAUAUGCGGGGAAAUUGUUCAAUGCCAAUCGUCGUGUCAUUCAAAGCUCUCCUCAAACUGAAGCUGCAGUCGUGCCGGUAGACGAGUUUUCGACGUCUCGACAGAAUCGUGUAGCUGUUCCAAUGAGCGCGAAAGCAGCGUUCCACACAGCCAUUUCCGGGAAUAAGGGAUUUAAAACCGGCGCUGUUGUUGUGUUUGAUCACGAGACGCUUGACCACGGCAGCGGGUACAACCCAAGUGAUGGUCUCUAUACCGUCCCGGAGUCGGGUACCUACGUCCUAACAUGGACAAUUAUCAGUAACACGCACGAAGAAUUCAACACACUUCUCAUUGUGAACGGAGCUGUGAUGGGAGCCUCGUUUUCAGAUACAUCAGGUGUCGGUGAUUAUCACACUUCUUCGGCAACAGUCGUCCUUACCUUGAACGAGGAUGAUCAUGUCUUCAUCCGUAUGGGGAUUACAGCACUGGAAUCGGGGUACAUAAUCAGCACGGCAAAUCGUUAUGGGUUAUGUACUUUCUCAGGUUGGAAUAUAGACUAACGCGAAAUAAAUGUCAUGUUGGUAAUAAAUAUAUUUUAUGUUCCUA